GAGAAGUGGGUACGUUGAAUAUGGUGAAUUUCUUAUAUGAUGUGAUUCACAAUCAAGAUGGUCAGGUGUCGAUUUGUGUCAUUCGUUUUUUACGACGGCAGGAAUAUCAAGGAAUGAGAGGAAAAGCUUGCUUUUAAGUCCCAAGAAACAUUCCAAUUCUGUGCCAAAAACCACUACAUGAGCCACACAACCUGAACUACUCUAGCUACUUCGUAAGUUUUCUGUCAGUUUAUUGAAAAGCUAAAAGUCUAAUAUUCUUCCUAGAUCACAGAGCAACAAUAGUCCAACGAGCGACCACCAGACCAGCCAGUUUACUCGUGAGGUCUAUCAUUUUUGCCUUCAUCUUUGGUGAAAAGUUCUCCCAAUAGUCAAUUGAAAUGGGAAAAUCGGACUUGAUACCAAGAACACAACCCAAGAAGAGGGUACGGCCAAUCUCCAAUCCCCUCUACACCAACGAUGAGGCCUUUUUCUGCAAUAUACUCAAACAUCAUGAUUUGCGCCCAGGAGAACAGUUUCCUGCCUUCGGUCGCCUCUAUUCUGUAUCUUCCGAGCACGAGGAAAGUUUCUAUUUGGGAUGUCAAACAUUCUACACCUUCACUUUAGAAUUUAUGAAUUCAGAAAGAUGUGAGGAAUCCACCGAAGUUGCGCCUCCUGCUUGUCAAGUUGUGGCUCGGCCCAAAUCUUACAGAAAGCCUGCUAAAUAUGACAUCCAACCAUUGACGCCGAUUGACGAGUCCAUCGAAUCUAUCGAAGAGAGAACGAGAAACGGUCGACCUUGCUCACCAACGAAAAUGUCUCCUAGACAUGAUUCUAAUAAUUGCAAAGAUGAACAGCUCGGAAUCGUCUUUCCACUAGUGUCUUCUGCAAGUCCAAACAAUAAAUCCUCGUCACUUGGGAUUCCACAAUAUUCAGUCUCUCCUUUAUCUCCGAUGUCGAAAAUGAUUCAGGAUCUUGAAUACCCAUCAUUGCCGGCACCCAACAACACCCGCUCAAGUGAAUCACUUGAUUCAAUUCAUGGCAAGUCGUUGAAUUUAGCAAUUGCUAAUAUUAUUGGAACUGAAUCAAAUGACGACGAUGGACUCCACGCCAUCCCCAUUCACCCUAUUUCAUCGAAUCCCACAACAAAAUCACUUGAUGGAGUUCAACUGACCUCCCAAUUUUCUAAUCUAAUGUACGAUGCUCGAACUGAUAGAUAUAUCAAGAAAUCAAAAACUGAAAUCGAAAGAGGAUCUAGACUCAAUGAUGAUCUAGCAGUUGAUAGCAUGUACACAGCAGCUAACGAAGCGAGAGGAGAGAAAGGCAUGGUCGUGAGUCGAAUUGUGGAACAUCCCAAGGCAGCAAUCAUGAAAUACACUAAUUUGGAUGGCAUAACGGGAAUUCGGCCUUUGAGAAUGAAGCCACAAGUUCAGGACAAUGCUUUAUAUCGAGAAGUCAAGGUUGGACUUGGAAACAAAAGUGCGGAAGAUGCUGCUAAAGGACAUUUACGAAUGGCUUCAGAGCCAGAACGACUUGUAAUUCCAGGAACAGAUCAACAAGCUGGUGCAUUGAGAUCUUAUACAACACCUAUCAUGAGAAUCGCAAGACAUCCAUCUGCGAACAUGUCCCGAAAACUUGAAGAUUCUCCAACCUCAUCCCACAGAAAUUCCCGCCGCAGGAAAGCUGGCCCAGUUUACUUGACAGCCAGUGCUGGUAACGAAAAUGGAACCUCAAGAAGACCACUUUUCACCCCAUUCGAUACAAGAUCGCCAUCGCCUAAAACUCGUCCAGUUCGUUCGCCACCACCGAUGGAUCGUCCAUAUCGUCAUAUCAGUCAAAUAUCCAUAAAAAAUGCAUCUGGUUCUGAUAUUUCGCCAACACAAGAUCGUGGUCCUGUCGAAAGUAAUUCUUCUUCAUUCGCGGUUGAUGUUACCUCUCUCGUACCGCCAACACCCACUUCAAAAUCUCUAGCGAUUGAUAUCACUUCUGUCAUGCCACAGUCAAAAACUACCUCUAGUAACCCAAUAAAGGUUCCAUCCUAUACCCUCAACCUCCCUCAAAUCUUCUCAUCUCCUUCACCAAUCUCUCCGCCACCUAAACUUGCAUCCGCAGUCUUCGCUACUCCCAUCUCAAAGUCCAAUUCCGAAAACAUUCGAUCUCUCCCUAUCUCUAACAAGAAGAGAGCUGACAUCACUUCAUCAAUUUACACCCCCGAAUCCUCUCCUCACAAUAGUACUCAUAUACAAUCUCCACUUUCCAGGAUUUCCAGCAUUCCAUCUCCACCAAGUACGCCAACGACUAGCCUUUUCCGUUCUGAUACAACCAACACAAAGGAUACAGUGAGCACCGUACCCAGUACACCCACUCAAGGUAGCUACGGCCACAGCCGCCACAACACAUAUUCGACAGAUCUCUCUAGCAUUGCAUCACCUAUCACUAACCCGCUUUACAAUGCCAAACAAUCCUUCGAUGCUGAUCCCUUCUGGAUGCCUAGUCCACCUUUUGAUGCUACUCCAGUCCAAAAUACCACUCUAUCAGCUCACCCAUCACCUGCAUCCGGUCUCCGCAGUAAUCUCAGCGAAGAAAGCAUCGCCUUAACCGAACAUCUAGUCCGAGAAGGUAUCUACGGCGGUAUUGUCUACGAUAUCGUUGCAUCUCCCAGUCUCUAUUCCACGCAUCCGGACCCACUUGUUCCCCAUCUCACCAAAAAGCUUACUACCUCUCAAAUUCAACGUAGAAAGAAACUCGCAGCCCGCAAGCUCCAUGCCGCUCUUCGCAAACGAGAAAAGGCAGAGAAAAAAGAAAAGAAAGCCGAAGCGAAAAAGGUCAAAACCCCGCUUAAAAGGGUGAAAUCCCAAACUCGGAAAGCUAAACUAGCGGUGCAGAGUAAAAAAGGAACAUUGAAUUAUCUUACCAUCCGGGUCUUUUUCAGGGGCUUAGGGAAUGGAGUUAGAAUGAGGUGGCAAGGGGCUAGACGGAGAUUAAGUCAAGUGCAGUUUUCGAAGAUUCUGGGGGCAAGACCCGAGAGAGAGGUGGCGGGAGAUGGGUACGAUUUUGUUUGUAGGGGAGAGGGCGAUGACAAGAAUUGGGAGGAUGUGAGGAUGAGUGGUGGGGUUUUGGAACCGGUGAUAAGUAGAGAGGGAUUAGAGAUCACCGAGAUCAAAAUGAAGGAUUGAGUGCAAGCGUGAGUGUGAGUGUGAAUGCGCUGUCUGUUACUCACUGACCUACGCUCUUUACUAUGGGUAUCUCUUUUGUUUUAAGUCUGCGGGUAGAACUAGUUAUAGACUUGACUAGUACUGGCAUUGGAUAUUCAUCCUGGAUAGAUAAACUCCUUGGUCAUUUAAAAAUUAGACUAGAUCAAACUGGAAUUUUUUCAUUUUUUAUCUUCUCUCUUCAGGAGUUUUCUCAGCAUGCGCGUUAUUGGAGUUUUAUGGAUAUGAUGGAGGACUUGUUACAGGCGUUACUAUUUAUCAUAAGCUUUGGGUUUGGGAAUCAAGUACACGGAGGAUUUAACAUGAUACCUAUGCAUUAUGGACAAGAUAUUUCAUCGAUUUGUUGGGCAUACACAUAUCACGAUUAAGAUGGAUUAUGGAAGGACAGGGUAGAUAUUCAGAACCAUGAUUUAUUAUGCAACGUUUCACCAUUUUCUCACUAUCUAGUUUACCUAGUUGAUAGUAAAUUUGAAUUCAAAUCACA